AUGAAAUAAUAAUAAAUUUCUACACCCUCAACUUAAUUUGGAUUAAGACAUUCUUUACAAAUCUAAUCAUCUCCAAAUAUAAAAUUAUACUAAUAAUCACCUUAUCACUCACCAUAUCAAUCACCUCUAUUAUAAUAACAAUCUCUAUCUUAAUAAAGACAAUAAAUAUAAUAAAAUAAUUUAGUUAAUAUUAAUAGAAGUUUGUUUAAUGAUGCUUAAAAUAAAAAAUGCAAAUAAUAAUAAAUAGUAGAUUUGAAUAAUAUAGAAGAACCAUGGAGAUAGAAAGUAUUUGAAUUAUAAAGAAAAAUUUAAUAAUUAGAAUAAUAAUAAUAAAAUUAAGAGUGUGAAUAAGAUGAAAGUGAAUUAUCUCAAGUUUAUAGUUAAAUAUAACAGUUAGUAAAUACUAUAAAAAUAUUGCAAGAAGAAAUUUAAAAUUUAUAAGAAAAAUUAAACAUAAAAUAAAAUAUAAUUGACGGUUAUGACAAAUAAUUGAUUGCUAAAGAUAAGGAAUUAGAUGAUUAAAAUCAUUAUAUUUAAGAAUUACAUAAUUAAUUAGAAGAAUAAACCUUAAAAAUGGAUAAUAAAUAGAAACUUUUACUUUAAGAAAUCAAUUCAUGGAAAAAAAAGUUUAUUGAAUAAAAUAAGUAUAUUAUUAUAUUAAUUUAUAGAGGAUUACAUGAAAUUUAAGAAGAAUAAAUUAAAAUUUAGACAUAAAUUGAUAAUCUUAAAAAUAUUAAAUUGAUAUUAAAUAAAUAGAGUGAAUAAACAUGA